GUUGCGCCGAAGGGAAGGGACGAGAACGCAAACUUGGCAGCAGUUGGCGAUAGCCGUUGUUAGUUUCCCCGAGCUCAACAGCGCUACGUAUUCCCGCCAGUUAGCCGAUAGAUGUGAUAAAGCUUAGCUCUUGUCAUUUUUGUACAUAUACGCCAGACCACACGUCAAGAACACACCAGGCACAGCAACCAACUCUACAGCCGCCGCGACUUGCUGCCACUAGCUUCCCGUUUGCUCAACUGAAACAUAGUUGUAUUCAUUUCUUUCUCUCAGUUUGAAAACCUGAAAGGCGGCGUUCCCUUUACAACACGUUUUGCAUGUUGCUCGGCAUUUUGCUGAACCAUCCUCAAUCCUAGCAUUUUGAGGAGACCUAUACCAAGAAGGGCAGUUCACCACACAAGCGAAUCCCCACUUGGUUCGCAUGCCGCGUCCUAAAGGAAGCGGCGGUCAGCGCUCCCGCGGCGGUCGCAGCGGAGCAUCUGGGCGGCGGGGCCUGACCCGCGGUGAGCAGGCGGCUGAAGCAUGGGCGGCAACCGACGAACGCGGGUACGCCUUCGACCCCGCCAACGCUACAAAGGAAACCCCGGCCGCUGCUGACGCCUACGGAAAGGCGCUUGCACGGCGUGACCGGCAGCCGCGGCGGCCGCAAGCACCAGCAGACGACAACAGCGCUUCCACAGGCGACGACGACGAUGCCGCCAGCAGCUCUAGCAGCACCGCUGCCGGCGGCGCCGAGGACGCACCGCCGUCAACCAGCGCCGCAGAUGCUGCUGGGGGCGCGGGCGGUGCCGCGCGUUUCCCCAUCCACCUGGCCAUGUGGGACCUGGGGCAGUGCGACCGCAAGCGCUGCACGGGCACCCGCCUGGCUCGGCAGGGGCUGGUGCGGGAGCUGCGGCUGGGGCAGACCUUCCCGGGCGUCAUCCUCAGUCCGGCGGGCCAGCGUGCGGUGUCUCCCGAGGACGCGCCGCUCAUCCGCAGCCGGGGCUUGGCGGUGGUGGACUGCUCCUGGAACCGACUGGAUGACGUGCCAUUUGGCCGCAUCAAGGGAGCCGCCCCCCGGCUGCUUCCCUUCAUGGUGGCAGCUAACCCGGUCAACUACGGCCGCCCCUGCAAGCUGUCCUGCGCGGAGGCCUUCGCGGCCGCCCUGUUCCUGUGCGGGCUGCGGGAGGAGGCGGUGGCGGUGCUGUCGCGGUUCAAGUGGGGCCACUCCUUCUUCUCCACCAACGCCGAGCUGCUGUCGCGCUACGCCGCCUGCGCCAACGCCGCGGAGGUGAUCGCGGCGCAGAACGAGUACCUGUCGGGCGGCCACCCCUCCGCGGGGGCGCUGCCAGGGCCCUCGGCGGCGGAGGUGCUGGCGGUGGCUGCAGCGGGGCGCUGGGAUGUAG